CCUGAUCUGUGGCACCUUACAUAUCCACCGACUGCAGGAGGGAAGCAAAAUUGACGAGCAAAUUUACACUUACAUCCGCCAACAUACUUCUAGAACCGUCAAAGGAAGAAAAUACACAAGUCCAGCCUAAGCAGUGAUGUCGGCCAAAGCCAUCUCUGAGCAGACGGGAAAGGAGUUCCUCUACAAGCACAUCUGCACAUCGGCAGCUGUCCAGAACAGAUUCCGCUAUGCCAACGUGACGGCCGAGACGGACUUUGAGCGACUGGCGCUAGAGCACCCAUGGCUGCUCACAGAGAGGCUGGUGGUGAAGCCGGACCAGCUGAUCAAGAGGCGAGGGAAGCUGGGCCUGGUCGGCGUCAACCUGGACCUGAGCGGCGUCAGAGAGUGGCUGAAGUCCCGCCUCAUGAGAGAGACGACAGUGGGAAAAGCCAAGGGCGUUCUCAAGAACUUCCUGAUCGAGCCUUUUGUCCCCCAUAAGCAGGAGGAGGAGUUCUACGUGUGCAUCUACGCCUCCCGCGAGGGCGACUAUGUGCUGUUUCACCAUGAGGGAGGGGUGGAUGUGGGAGAUGUGGAUGCCAAGGCGAAGAAGCUGCUAAUUGGAGUGGAUGAAAAGAUCAGUGAAGACUCUGUGAAGAAAGAGCUGCUGACUCAAGUCCCCAACGACAAGAAAGUGGUCCUGGCCAGCUUCAUUGUUGGGCUCUUCAACCUGUAUGAGGACCUGUUCUUCACAUACCUGGAGAUCAAUCCACUGGUGGUCACAAAAGAUGGAGUUUACGUCCUGGACAUGGCAGCCAAGAUCGAUGCCACAGCUGACUAUAUCUGCAAGGCCAAGUGGGGAGACGUGGAGUUCCCUCCACCCUUCGGCAGGGAGGCUUAUCCUGAGGAGGCCUACAUUGCCGACCUUGAUGCCAAGAGUGGUGCCAGCCUCAAACUGACCCUGCUCAACCCGCGAGGCAGGAUCUGGACCAUGGUGGCAGGAGGAGGCGCCUCAGUGGUGUACAGUGACACAAUCUGCGACCUGGGUGGCGUUAACGAGCUGGCCAAUUAUGGGGAGUAUUCAGGAGCACCAAGCGAACAGCAGACCUAUGACUACGCCAAGACUAUCCUGUCUCUGAUGACCAGAGAGAAGCAUCCUGAUGGAAAAGUUUUGAUCAUCGGGGGAAGCAUUGCAAAUUUCACGAAUGUUGCAGCAACAUUUAAGGGGAUUGUUCGAGCCAUCAGAGACUUUCAGGUGCCACUGAAGGAGCAUGAGGUCACCAUUUUUGUCCGACGUGGAGGCCCCAACUACCAGGAAGGUCUCAGAGUGAUGGGAGAAGUUGGCAAGACAACCGGGAUCCCCAUCCAUGUCUUUGGCACAGAAACCCACAUGACUGCCAUUGUUGGCAUGGCACUGGGCCGCCGGCCAAUCCCCAACCAGCCUCCUGUUGCUGCCCACACUGCCAACUUCCUUCUCAACUCCAGCGGCAGCACAUCGACCCCAGUAUCCAGCAGAACUGCUUCUUUCUCUGAAAACAGAGCCAAAGUUGAGGGCUCACCAGCCAAGAAGCUCAAAGAUGGAGCUCCCAUUGUCAAGGCAACUACCCUCUUCAGCAAACAAACCAAGUCCAUAGUGUGGGGUAUGCAGACGCGGGCUGUACAGGGCAUGCUGGACUUUGAUUACGUCUGCUCCAGAGAGGAGCCAUCUGUUGCAGCCAUGGUCUACCCGUUCACUGGAGACCACAAACAGAAGUACUAUUGGGGCCAUAAAGAGAUCCUCAUACCAGUGUAUAAGAACAUGAGUGACGCCAUGAAGAAGCAUCCCGAUGUGGACGUGCUCAUCAACUUUGCCUCUUUGCGUUCAGCCUUUGAUAGCACCAUGGAGACCAUGCAGUACACACAGAUUCACACCAUUGCCAUCAUCGCUGAGGGAAUCCCUGAAGCCCAUACCAGGAAGAUCAUCAAGGCCGCAGAUGGGAAGGGUGUUACAAUCAUUGGACCAGCAACCGUUGGAGGAAUCAAACCAGGCUGUUUCAAGAUCGGAAACACGGGAGGCAUGUUGGAUAACAUCCUCGCCUCCAAGCUCUAUCGUCCGGGCAGUGUGGCCUACGUGUCCCGCUCAGGCGGCAUGUCCAAUGAACUCAACAACAUAAUCUCGCGCACCACUGACGGUGUUUUUGAAGGUGUUGCCAUUGGUGGGGACAGAUACCCAGGCUCAGUGUUUACUGAUCACGUGCUGCGCUACCAAGACACUCCCGGAGUAAAGAUGAUUGUUGUACUGGGAGAGAUUGGAGGCACAGAGGAGUACAAGAUCUGCCAGGCCAUCAAACAGGGCAGGAUCACAAAGCCAGUGGUGUGCUGGUGUAUUGGCACCUGUGCCACCAUGUUCUCCUCAGAGGUGCAGUUCGGCCAUGCAGGAGCCUGUGCCAACCAGGCCUCUGAGACGGCAGUAGCUAAGAACGAGGCUCUGGAGGAGGCUGGUGCCUUCGUCCCCAAGAGCUUUGACGAGCUGGGAGACAUCAUCACUUCUGUUUAUGAUGACCUUGUUGCCAAAGGAGUUAUCCAGCCAGCCGAAGAGAUGCCUCCUCCCACUGUGCCGAUGGAUUACUCGUGGGCACGAGAGCUGGGUCUGAUCCGUAAGCCUGCUUCCUUCAUGACAAGUAUCUGUGACGAGAGGGGUCAAGAGCUCAUCUACGCAGGCAUGCCCAUCACUGAGGUCUUCAAGUCAGAAAUAGGCCUCGGAGGAACUCUGGGGCUUCUCUGGUUCCAGAGGAGGUUGCCGAGGUAUGCCUGCCAGUUCAUUGAGAUGUGCCUUAUGGUGACGGCUGAUCACGGCCCUGCUGUUUCCGGGGCCCACAACACCAUCGUCUGUGCUCGAGCUGGCAAAGAUCUCAUCUCCAGCCUCACCUCCGGCCUCCUAACCAUCGGUGACCGCUUUGGAGGUGCUCUGGAUGCUGCAGCAAAGCAGUUCAGCAAGGCUUUCGACAGCGGCAUGCUGCCCAUGGAGUUCGUCAACAAGAUGAAGAAGGAUGGCAAGCUGAUCAUGGGCAUCGGACACAGAGUCAAGUCGAUUAACAAUCCAGACAUGAGAGUCCAGAUCUUGAAAGACUUCGUGAAGCAGCACUUCCCCUCCACCCAGCUGCUGGACUACGCUUUAGAUGUGGAGAAGAUCACCACCUCUAAAAAACCCAACUUGAUCCUGAAUGUGGAUGGCUUCAUUGGUGUAGCCUUUGUGGACUUGCUCAGGACUUGUGGUGGUUUUACAAGGGAUGAAGCUGAUGAGUUUGUGGAAAUUGGAGCUCUGAAUGGCAUCUUUGUCCUGGGGCGCAGCAUGGGAUUUAUUGGACACUACCUGGACCAAAAGAGGCUGAAGCAGGGUCUGUAUCGCCACCCCUGGGAUGACAUCUCCUAUGUGCUUCCAGAACACAUGUCCAUGUAACCAGAGGGA